AUGACUUCGGCCACGAACGGAGCUCCCUCCGCCUCCGCAGCCGACCUGGCUCCUCCGCCCGAAGCCAGUCUAUCCCACGGAAGCCUGGCGGACCUCCUCCCGUCGCACUUCACGACCGAAAUCACCGCCUGGCUCGCCGAAGACACGCCGUCGUUCGACUAUGGAGGGUUCGUCGUCGGGUCGGCGCCGCGCACAGCGCAGCUGCUCUGCAAAUCGGCCGGCGUGCUUGCGGGAAUACCCUUCUUCGACGAAGUGUUCCGGCAGCUGGAGUGUACAGUGGAAUGGCAUCACGACGAGGGUUCGUACUUGGACCCAGCGCAGUCCGGCGGCAAGAUCAAAGUCGCCACGGUCACGGGCCCGACGCGGAAGCUGCUCCUGGGCGAAAGAGUGGCUCUGAACACGCUGGCGAGGUGCAGCGGCGUGGCGACCAAAAGCAAGAAGAUGCUGGACCUGGUGCGAGGGGCAGGCUACACAGGGGUUUUGGCCGGGACCAGAAAGACGACGCCGGGGUUCCGACUGGUGGAGAAAUACGGCAUGUUGGUCGGAGGCAUUGACGGCCACAGACACGACCUGAGCAGUAUGAUCAUGCUGAAGGACAACCACAUCUGGGCCAAGGGCAGCAUCACCAACGCGGUCAAGGCUGCCCGUGCGGUCGGCGGCUUCGCGCUGAAGAUCGAAGUCGAAGUCCAGACCGAGGCCGACGCCGACGAGGCCAUCGCAGCCGGUGCCGAUGUGGUCAUGCUGGACAACUUCGACGGCGACGGCCUGAAAGUCGCCGCGAGGAGUCUGAAAGAUCGAUGGCGGGGGAAGAAGCAGGUGCUGCUGGAGAGUAGUGGCGGGCUCACCGAGGCGAAUGUGAAAGAGUACAUCAACAACGACAUCGAUAUCAUAUCCACCAGUGCCGUCCACCAAGGCGUGCCGCAUGUAGACUUUUCCCUCAAAAUCGACCAUUGA